AUGGUAACAUGCAAUGCAAAGGUGCAUGUCACCUUAUCUGUGUCCCACUCGAGGGGAAGGGAAGGGGAUCCAGCUCGCCGCAGCACGCACCUCGAGCUCUUCCCCGCCGCCGCCGCCUUCUCCCCCGACGCAGCUGCUCCGAAGGAGAUAGCCGCCGUGGGUGCACGAACUAAAGCUUGCCGCGACUUUUCAGCUGACCGGACUCCGGCAGACCACGAUGCCGGGCAGAAGAGGCGCGACCCUGCUCGAGGAUCUGCCGGAGGAGAUCAUGGACAAGAUACUCAGCGGGUUGUCUUCCAAAGACGUCGGCCGCUGCCGCGCCGUCAGCGCGUCAUGGCACAACACGACAUCCACUCCCGCAUUCGUGCUCGAGCACCGCCGCCGCCAGCCGUCGUUCCCCAUCAUCGAUGGCCAGGGCCGGCCCGCCAGCCUCAUCGUCGUUCAUGGCGCUAAUGUCCAUGUGCAGCUCUGGCCUUUCCUCCCGGGCUCCGAACAUCGCU